GUGGCAUAAUGCAGUCAUCAGAUGUUCCAUGAACUUGAUUAGUCCCACGAGUAAUGUCCAACUUCUUGGACAUGCGGGGCAGAGCUGACAAUCGUGUUGGUAUGGUUGGAUAUUCUUCCAGAUUGGUCGUGCUUUACCCCGCCGUCGUGGAGACCUGAUCGCCGACGAGUUAUAAAUUUCGAGUCUACAUGUUGACUGCCGCAUGUCCUGCCUGAUUUAUUAUAUAUUCUUUCGGUAUUUUCCUGACACCAUAUCCCAAGAUACCUGUCGGAAAUGGUUGCUCUCAUCGCAGACCAGCUCGUCGUCAACGACGGUCCUUUGGACUCAGAGAAUGCUGCCCUUUUGCGCCCAUCCGAUCCUUCACUCCCACUAGAAGAACUGCGGGAGAGAUAUGAUAAAGACGGAUACCUCUUCCUCAAACAGGUUCUUCCUCGCGAGGAUGUCCUCUCUGCCCGCCAGUCAUAUUUCUCCUCUCUCGAGUCAACCGGUGUUCUGAAGCCAGGCACUAAGCCUGUCGAGGGUGUUUUUGACCCAGCUAAGUCCCACGAGGACUACCCUGGCAUCGGGGCAGGACAAAGUGCUGGCAAUGGAAGGCCAGGUGGAGAUAGUGCAGCAGCCUUUGUCGACCUCGCCUUGGACGCCCAUUAUCAAGACUGGUAUGCCGAAAAGUUCUGCAAUCACCCAGCGCUGUAUGAGUUCGUCGCCAGGUUCACAGACUGGGGCAAGGACACGCUCAGUCUACGCCGAACACUGUUGAGGAACAACCUCCCGGGGUCCAAACCCAUUGGUGUACACUAUGACCAGAUUUUCCUGCGCUAUGGUGACCCAACUAGUGUUACUGCCUGGGUCCCCAUGGGAGACAUUAAGCUUAACGGUGGAGGAUUAAUAUAUCUGGAAAAUGGCGACCGCAUCGGAGUCGAGAUGGAAGAAGCAUUCUUCGUCAAAGCCAAGCAAUCAGGUUUGACAGAUGAGGAGGCACGCUCGGCUUUUAACUCGAAUAUGAUGGCAACCGGCCUCCUGUCAGAAACCCCGGCUAAAUUUGCCCGCGAACAUGGCCGGCGCUGGCUAGUCUCGGCCUAUGAGGCAGGCGAUGUUGUCCUGCACAAGCCUCACAUGAUUCAUGCGUCCGCUAUCAAUAAUGAUCCUGAUAAUGUGAUUCGUCUGGCGACCGAUCUUCGUUUCUGUGAUUCUUCAAAGCCAUUUGACAAGAGAUGGAUGAAUCACUACCGCUUCAAUGACGGUGUAUAGGCAUGAUUAUUCCAUGGCUCGAAGAAUCAAGAUUAUACAUGUUACUUUUAUAAUCUCUGUACUGCGGACAUUGAAGGACACUGAUCCGUAGUGAGAUGCAAUACCUGCCGAUGGACUAUUCGGAGGACGAUAUGAGGC